AUGGGUGUUGGGUUGGGUUUCGUGCCGGCUGGUUACCAUAGUGAGUUGGGAGCUUUAUGUACUGCUUGCGCGGCCGCUGCUUCAUUUGCGUUUUUGCCUAAUCAAUUUCUGGUGGUAGCAGUGCCGGUGUGGCUUGUGCUACAACGGCUGGUGGCUAGCGGUGUGCGCAACAGAGCAAGGCCGCGAAGGCGAGGAGAUGAAGUGAGUUGCCGUAAAGGCACAGACAGUAAUGUUAGUCGGGACAAACCAACAUCUUCUGUAGUGGAUGAGUCACGUUCCGUGUUUGUCAUGACGCGGGACAUGAAGGAUGAGGAGCGGCCCGUUGCUAUCGUAACGGGGACGAACUCCGGCAUCGGGUUCUGGACUGCGGUAGGACUGGCGGUAGAGGGGUAUCGCGUGAUAUGUACCUGUCGGGAUGCGUCACUCAGCGAAAUAACCGCGGGGAGGAUUAGGGAAAAGGCAGAGCAACAACGGCUUAAGGAUACGAAAGGUCAAGAGUAUAGGGAGGUGCCCUCCACAGUCAUCGUCGACGGGAGGUUCUGCAUCGAGUGUGAUGACUUCAGUAGUGUACGUCGUUUUGUGGACCGGUUUAGGGCAUCUUAUGAUCGUCUUGACGUGUUGGUCAACAACGCUGGUAUGAUGCGUCGACGAUUGGAGUUCAGUCGGUUCAAUCCGCAACUGGAGCUUCACACGGCGGUUAAUUUUCUCGGCCCUCUGCUUUUAACUGAGCUGCUUAUACCCGUAUUGAAGCAAAGCAGGGGCCGUGUGGUAUACGUUUCCUCUGCGGCUCACCGAUACCCACAGCUGGUGUUACAUGAAGGUGGAUUCCUGCGUUUGCUGUUCUCCCGGGGAGCAGCUGAUUGUAAACUUAACGGUCGCCUAUUAGAGGCUCUGAAGGCACUCAAUAGUGGUGAGGCUAACGCCCUUGGCGCACUAACGUCGUCUACACUCCUAUACGCCUUUGCCCGUUAUGGGACCAGUAAGCUGCUCAAUAUAUAUCACGCUCACCACAUUGCCCGGCACCACGGCAUCGCUGUUUGCAGCCUUCAUCCCGGUUGUGUGGGCACAAACUUCUCGCGAGACCUCGUUUUUAGUGGCUUUGUGGCCUGUGCGUACCAGCUCGUGUGUUUGCUCUUCCUAAAGUCCCCUGAAGAUGGAGCCCAAACAACGCUGCACUGUGCCAUGUGUGAUGCGGAGGAACUUCGGCCCGUUGAACCACGUGGUGGAGAUCCGAAUGCCUUUGUCAGCCCCUACUUCGCUGAGUGCAUGAACCAAACACAUCCAUGGCUCUUGCGCUACGCUUGGGAUGUGAAGGAGGGGGACCUCAUUGUGGAAUGGGGCAAAGACAUUGUUGGCCUUCCGUUAAACGCAAAGGAAGACCUUUCCGCGUAG